AUGCGACCUUGGAACAUUGAUGAAUGGGGGGCAUUUGUUUCUUGGUUCAUGUUGGGCCAUAUUGUCUGGAUCCUGGUGGGCACAACAACCUUCUUCUCUAUCCUCAUUUUCUCUAUCAACACUGUUUUUGCUCAAGAAACACUUGCGCAAUGGAUUGGAGACUAUUUGACGCAAUCAGCCGGCGUUACCGUUGUCUUCGAAUCUGCUAUAGUUCCAAAAUGGAAAAACGGCGUUAUUGCAUUCCGCAAUGUAUUUGUUUCGAGAAGACCCGGCCAAAUCGAGUCAUCUGUCAGCAAAGGUUCAUCUGAUGCUGCCGCUGUUGCUGCCGCUGCUGCAGGGCGACAGAUCCAACAUCAUGAGACUGAUGCCGUAGACGAUGGUAACUAUACACAAUUCGACGUAACAAUUGCGAAUGUUAAUGUCACACUUUCAUUCCUCAACUGGUGGAAUGGUAGAGGGCUUCUUAAGGAUGUAGAGGUAAACGGUGUUAGAGGAGUCAUUGACCGCACUUCUGUUCGCUGGCCAGAGGGACAGAUCGAUCCAUUUUCUUAUCGCCACAAACACCAACCUGGCGAUUUCGAAAUCGAAUCUUUCAAGUUGGAAGAUCUUUUGCUUACUGUUCGCCAGCCCGAUGGCUUCCGCCCCUUUUCAGUCAGUAUAUACUCCUGUGAGCUACCACGGCUGCGAAAACAAUGGCUUUUUUACGAUUUUCUAUCCGCUAGCCAUAUGUCUGGGUCAUUUGACGGAUCUCUCUUUACGAUCCACCCCAGGCAGGUUCAUGGUACCGUCUCAAGUCGAUACCAAGGAGUCAUGAUGGGAUUAGAAGAGUCCAAAUCAUGGAAAAAAUUUAAUAGGCUACGAAUCGACGGCUUGAAGAUUGACCACUUAAACCGUGGAGUGGAAGGCCCAUUCGGUUGGAUAUAUGAGGGAAACGUUGACAUCGUCGCAGACGUCAUGUUUCCAGCGGACAUGGACGACAGCAUAACCAAAGUCGUAGCAGAUUUUUAUGAUCAGCUAGAAGGCACAGUUAUUGCGAACCGUUACCGCUUUCUUCCCAGAGCCCCUGCACCUGAACACAUCUCAGAAGGUGGUCGUGCAGCAAAUGAGAAGGGAUUUGAGAAACAAACAAGUGAAUCUGAAGAAGACAGGCGGCUCCUUAUCAUGGACUUGCGCAUUCAUCUCAAUGAUGUUAAGGCUGCCGUGCCCUUGUUCACCCCCGAUCUAUCAUAUGUGAACCAAGCGCUGGUUCGGCCCAUUGUGGCGUAUAUAAACGCUAAAAAGACGUAUAUUCCGAUUUCUAGCCGCAUUAUCAAGCCGCUAGCUGACUUCGACGGAAGCUGGACAUUUUUUGACUGUGGUCUCUUGGACGAUGCAUCUGCCGAGACAUAUGAGGCUUUUGCAAAGGAUGUCGAAGACCAGCAGAGCCGCGUUAGGCGAUUCCGGAAAGUUGGAUUCUGGACGCUAUCGUUGGCUAUCCAUGCUCUAUUCAUGGGUAUGGCUGGGAACGUGGUAUGA